CAUACGGCUGGGUGAGGGCGAAUGGGAGCCGACAAGUGGACGGGGAGGCUUCAUGAACAUCUACUGCGGGCCUGAAACUGCGAAGAUUAAGUUUCCGAACCCGCGUUUGGACCGAAUUGGCGACCGCGGCGUUAAUCUCGACAGCACAAUCUGAUUCACGGCCACCAUCUUAUGCCAGAGUCUUGUCUGGGCCCACAUGCCUUCCUUGAUGGACAGUAGUGAACCAUUUCGCAGGAGAUUAGAAGGGGAGGAUUUACAGUCGGGAAUCUCAGACCAAACAUCACAUCAGGAUCUGAUGGAGUCACCCAGCUUAAAGUAUCCUGAAUAUCAUUGGAUUUUGAACAUGGAAGGACAAAGCAAUGUUCACACUGUGGAGAAACCGUGGAAAUGUGGGGAUUGUGGGAAAGGAUUCAAUUACCUGUCUGUGCUGGAAACUCAUCGAAGCAGCCACACCUGCUCUGAAUGUGGGAAGGAAUUCACCAAUUCAACCACCCUGCUGACACACCAGCGAGUUCACACUGGCGAGAGGCCAUUCACCUGCUCCAUAUGUGGGAAGGGAUUCACUACCUCAUCCCAUCUGCUGAAACACCAGCGGGUUCACACUGGGGAGAGACCUUUUAAAUGUCCAGACUGUGGGAAGUGUUAUAAAUGUUCGGGGAAUCUGAUGUCCCAUCAACGUGUUCACACUGACGAGAGACCAUUCAGGUGCUCUCAGUGCGGGACUGGGUUCAGGUGGUCAUCUCACCUCACUGACCACCAACGAGUUCACAGUGGGGAGAGGCCAUUCACCUGCUCUGAGUGUGGGAAGGGAUUCACUCAGUUAUCCCACCUGCUGAGACACCAGCACGUUCACACUGGGGAGAGACCGUUCACCUGCUCCGAGUGUGGGAAGGGAUUCACUGAUUCAUCCAGCCUCCUGAGACACCAGCAAGUUCACACUGAAGAGAGGCCUUUCAAAUGCCCAGACUGUGGAAAGUGUUUUAAAAGUUCCAGGAAUCUGAUGUACCAUCAACGUGUUCACACUGACGAGAGACCUUUCAGAUGCUCUCACUGUGGGACUGGAUUCAGGCAAUCAUCUCAUCUCACUGGACACCGGCGACUUCACACUGAGGAGAGGCCAUUCAUCUGUUCUGAGUGUGGGAAGGGCUUCACUACCUCAUCCACCCUGCUGAUACACCAGCGAGGUCACACAGACAAGAGACCUUUUAAAUGCCCAGACUGUGGGAAGUGCUAUAUAAGUUCAGGGAAUCUGAUGCUCCAUCAACGUGUUCACACUGACGAGAGACCGUUCAGGUGCUCUCAGUGUGGGACUGGGUUCAAGUGGUCAUCUCACCUCACUGACCACCAGCGAAUUCACUCUGGGGAGAGGCCGUUCACCUGCUCUGAGUGUGGGAAGCGAUUCAUUCAGUCAUCCAGCCUGCUGAGACACCAGCGAGUUCACACUGGGGAGAGACCGUUCACCUGCUCCGAGUGUGGGAAGGGAUUCACUCGGUCAUCCCACCUGCUGAGACAUCAGCGAGUUCACAAGUAACUACAGUGAUUGGGUUUUGCUGUUAAUCACAUCCAGGACUGAACCAUGUUCAUUGAGGUCUCUUUCUGCUGAUGUCAGUAAACUCCAGGUCAGUUAGAGGAGUUUAUUUUCUGGAUAAAAGUCAAAUAAAUCAGCCUUGUGUGAAA